UUUCUGUUCUGCAGAUUGGCUGUAAUAAGUGCAUUUACAUAUUUGAUAUUGUCAAUCUUGGUCGACGAGCGUUUGACUGUGGCUUAGCAGAUAUCAUGGAUUCAGCAGAUAUAUUAAAGGUAAAAAUGUUUUUGUAAAGAAAAAUCAAAAUGACCAAUUAAGGUAAUUCCGCAUUUUUGCAUUGCGCACUUUUACUGCGCAAAUCUUAUAACUUAUAAUUUCAUCCAUUAUACGUACCGUUUUAAACAAAAUAUCAUUUUAUGACAAUUUUAUGUUACUUCAAAACAUCUUUGGUUACAUUCGUGGCAAAGAAUUACGUUAAAAUCAAUGUUUUCAAAAAAGGCAUACAAAAGUGUAGCUAGGGUUCCCUGUGUCUGUAGUAUAUUUAUUUACUUGUAUUUCACGUUUUAAUGCCACAAUUCCCUAAAAAGGUCGGUGACCCCCUUUUUUUAACUGAUAAUUUAUUUCUUUAAUGCAUUUUACAUUUCAUAUCCUAAAUUAAAAGAAAAAUCAUUUCUGGAUCUUGAAAAAAAUGCUUUAUCAAUGCAUGUUCUCCAAGAAAGAUAUGUAAAGAAAGUAUUUUUUCAAAAAUAAUUACAAGAUAGGUUUACUAAAGCAAAAUCCGCGCUAAAAACGUCAAUAAAUAUCGGGCUGUUGUGAGUUUGCUGUUACUCGUAAUGAGCGUCAAGAUGGCGCCAUAUUGGGGGUAAAGGUGGUAUAUUGUGAUUGUCAUAUCUUCUUAACGAGUUCGGUGACCCCGACUUUUUUGUGUGAUUUUACUUUAAGUAUAUCAUAAACUUCAUGCCUGGGAAGUUUCAGCACAUUCUCAUUUCGGGAACAAUUACUGCGGAAUUACCUUAAGAUACUUUGCCAAACUAUCUUAGACUGCUUCGUUCUUGAGAUACAGUAUUUAACAUAUUUUUUUAUAUCUUCGGAUAUCGUGCGUCGAAGUCAUAAGCCGUGUACAGUAUAUGUCAGCAUACUACAAAUAUAUGCUAUGUUAUACCAUGGAUUGUAAAAUAACUGGAUAGGAAACUUCAUGACGUCAUUGACCUCAUCUUUGUUGAAAAACGUGACGUCACGCGUAUUGCGAAUAUUACCAAAGUUCUCGGCAUUUUUGUUGUUUUGCUAUAUUAUCCACUUUAAAAGGGUGAUAUUGAAGCAUAAACUGGUCUAAUUGUUUUAAAAACAUGCCUAAGCCACGACAAAGUAUUCAAGGUAAAUGCUUUUCGUCUUUGUUUUGUAUUUUUUUACAUUUGUAGCUACGAAAAUGGCGUCACAAAUUUUAACGAAAUUUGCGAUGUAUUUUUCACUGUUUAGUGCUUGAAAUAUUUGCUAAAAUUGACUAGGAAUACUUAAAGUUUUCAUCGUAGAAUGGCGUGGUUAUAUUUAUUUGCUCUUUGACUAAAAUGUUUAGCUGUAUUAUUGCUAAACAUGCCGUUUUUGAAAAUUUGGUUUGCAACUAGGUUUGAACAUCCAACCACGCCAUCAGCCCAUUGAAAACAUUAGAUCACGUCAGCUAGUUUCCUAUCCAUCUAUUUUAUUAUACAUGGUUAUACAUGCCGACAAUUUGCAUAUCAAACGUUGUUAAAUAUCUCUAAAAAGAAACAAACUAAGAUAGUUGGGCAAAGUAUCUUACCAUGCAAUCAUUUUGAAUUUUCUUUACAAUGCAAUAAAAAAACAAAUGGUGUGAAAUUUCGCUGCACUUUAAAAGCCCAGGCGAACGUACAGUAGAAAUUCUUGUUUCUUGUUUUUAUACGCGCAAGUAAAGGUUUUAUCUUUCUUGCCCGAUUAGGAAAGUUGCCUUGCCACAAAAAGCUAUGCAUAUUUAAGUUUAUGUUUUCAUUGUUGGAUAAUUGUUUUAUAGUGCAUGUACUUGAUUCAAAUUUCGUUUUUUGUGAGCCAAAGCUAGAUCUGAGGCAGUGUAACAUAGCCAUAUAUAGGGCCGUAACUACUAACUAGACGCGAUAAUUGGGGGGGGUGCAUAUUCAUAUAUUCAUGUACACAUACCGUAGAAACAAUCGCUUUCAAAAGAAAUUGGUAGGGCCAUGAAUAUGCACCCAUCCCCGCCCCCCGCCCCCCCCCCCACCAAGUGGUCAAAAAAGUAAAGUUAUACCACUGCGUUUAUUCCUCUUUUUCCAAUUAUUGGCCUGUUUCAGUUAAUGAAGAGGUUCAGAUUUGAUCUCCGCUACCGCUACUAUUAAGUGACCAUUAACCAAUCAGAUGCGUUUGACAUAUCCUAUUAACCAAUCAAAUGCGUUUUAUAUAUCCUAUUAACCAAUCAGAUGCGUACUAGCCAGCGAGAGGUAGUGGAAGUCAAAUCUGAACCUCUCUAAUGUUACUGGGCAGCAGAUGGUGGUAAACGUAUCUUAUACUGUACUUUUAAGAGCAAACAAAUUGAACUAUGCCUCUCAGUUUCAUUCAUUUGCCAAAAUUAAAAGACACUCAAUAUAUAAUGAAAGGAACUGUCAUAUUAUUACGGUGAGAAAAGGUCCAAACAAUUUGAAAAAAAAAUCGCUAAGCCUGCACCUGACUAGCUAUUAGCCUACUGUAACUAUUCACCACACUUGAAACUAAAUAUUCUAAAUAUUGUUAGGUGGUUCACAAUUGCCGCCAUUUUAGUGAUGCAUUAUACCAUCAACAUGGUGUUAGUCUUGUGAAUGUUUUUGAUAUCCAGGUAAGAACUGUUGAUUUACUGGAUACAGUGACGUAGCGCUCAUUGGGUAGGGUUAGUUCAAAAACUAAGGGCCCCCGACAGUUAGGGGCCCCAUCACCCACAGCCUGUCGCCCAGAAAAUUAGAAAAUAUAAAAAAUGCAGGUUAAGAAUCAAUGGGAAAAUGCAAUAAUGUAAAUGCUAAAUAAUAAAGCCUCCAUCGACAACGGUAGCUGAUUUUUUAAUUCCAUCUCAAAUAAAACAAAUGUUAUUCUUAUUAGCUGUUACAUGUGUUGGAGACUGUUAUUGUUAUAGACAUGGAAUUUUCCAGAACAAUUUAUAAAUAUUCAAUAUAAAUAUAAUAUCUCAGUCAAACAAUGACAACAGGGGCCCCCACACCAAGUAUGCCUAAGGACCCCCUGUUCCUCCGUUACGCCACUGACUGGAUAUCCAGAAUUUGUUUUUCAACAUGGCUGAGUAUGCCAGAUUCAUGUACUAAAAUUUGCUUGUAAUUUCAUAUCGUAAAUUGUAGCGCUUACUAUUUAAUUUGAUCAUUUUUAGGUAGCAGAUGCCAUUAUUUACAGAAAUGAAGAUACUGAUAAAAAGCUUCCAAGGUAAAAUUUUAGUGACAGAGGGCGGAUCUACCUGUAAGGGGCAUACCCUUCCUUAUCCACUAUAAAUUAUUUCAAAAAAAAUAUCCUGUGAUUCCGAUUUCGUAUCCUGAAAAAGUAUGGUAGUUCUGGGUCGGAAUUCACAAUAUUUUUUUUAUUUUUAAAUUUGUUCGUUUGACAUUGGCCAGCAAUGGCCAUGAAUGUGACCAGUUAGCAAUUGCCACAACACCUAAACAUUUCAAGAAGCAAUGACUGUGGGCCAACGGACACCAUUCUUGGUACUACGUUGUAUCAUAAGGCCGUUUUCUAUUUCAAGCGUAACGUACCGACACGUAUCAAAACAAAUUUUAAAUUUCAAAAUUUAGUGAAUGUUGAUUGGUUAAUACUUGCGUAUAGUACGCUAAAAAGUCGACUUGCGACGAACUUUUUAUUUUGAUACGCGAAUCAACCGGAAGUACGUAAAUUUGAAAACCCAUCUUCAAGCUGCACAUGCUCACCGGUACGUUACUGUACGAUACGGGCGAAGUGGAAAACGCCCUAUAGUCGGUAGAUAGGUACAUGUAUAGAUAAGUAAAGUCCGCAUCCCAAAAUACAUUGGCAGGUCUCCCAAUAGAAUUUGCAGUAGGAGGCUUUUUGUAAGAAGUACAAUUGGCUAUGUGGAUUGUGGUGCCGAGAAGCGUGUGACACUCAGUUACGCCUCGUGUUUUAUACGCUUCUCUCGUAUUCUCCCAACAUUCCCAUCGUGCACUAUCACACCAUAAGCGUGUACGCGACUCGCUUUCUAUUUCUCAAUUAUGAUUGAUGUAGUAUACUUUAGUAUGUUUGUAUUUUGAAGAGGGAGAGAGCCUCCCAUGUGACUUCGAGUCCCGUUCGCACUCUUCCCACUUGGAUAUCAUCCAACAAAUUUACUCAUAUCACACUUCAUUUUAGGCAAACAAGCAGCCUCAUAUCAUGUUUUUACGAAUAUCUCGAUCUUUCUCCUGAUGAAUACCAUUUUCACAAAGUCCGUCUCAAGCACACUAAGGUAGGCUUGGAUUUAAGCCUUUUUGUGCACCCACUGUACAUGAAACUUUGGAACUAUACGUUUAAUCAUAGAAAUACAGUAACAAAUUUGGAAGCAAAAUGAAAUACAUUUUGCUAGAUAUUGUUUAGAUUCUAAUGGACAAAUUAUUACAAGUUCCAGUGUUUAUUUUUUGUUCUAGUAAUCUUCAAUUAAUGUUUCUUGAAGAAAGGACUUACCUUCAAAUACCGAAUAGAGGUGUGCAUCGGAUCGGAUUGGACGUUUAUAAUCCGACAAUUGGCCAGUGAACUCUAUUUAGACCCGGACGAUAACUUGGCCGCCAUCUUUGAAGCCAAUAUGAAGCCGAAUUGACGUACAGUGCCAGUCCCUUUAUAUUGUUUUUGUAGGCCUGGCACUGUACGUCAAUUCGAAACGGACUGGCACUGUACGUCAAUUCGAAACGGACUGGCACUGUACGUCAAUUCGGCUUCAUAUUGGCUUCAAAGAUGGCGGCCAAAUUACAGCCAGUUAUCGUUCCAGUCUAAAUAUAGUUCACUGCAAUUGGCUAAUGUUUAAAAUCCAAUCCGAUCCGAAAUUGUCUAAUCCGAAUCCGAUCCGAGUUUGAUAAAGAAUUCCGAUCCGAAGAAUCCUUUAAAAAAAAUACAUUUCUCAUUCAAGUAGAAAUAUUUAACCAAAUAAAUAUAAAAGCAAGAAAUACAUGUCAAGAAGCUGACAAAGUGACGUCGAAUUAUCAAACGAAUAAUGCAGCGACAACCGCGUUGUCGUGGAUAAUUAAUUUAUUUUAUUUCGAAUAUCGAAGUCCGAUCCGACUACGAAACAACUUUAUCAAUCCGAUCCAAUCCGAAAUGAAUAUUUUUGUUCCGAAAUCCGAACGAAUCGGAUUUGGAUGUGCACACCUAGAAUACCGAAGCUAUUACAUCUUGGAGCCACAUACAUGACCUAAUAGUAUGAUAAUAGUAAUCAAGUGCAGAUUACUAACAUCAUUACCGCAUCAUUUCAACACUACUUUUGCAAAGAACUUUCCAGGUUAUGAAUACGGAAUCCCCCAAAGUAUUGGGAGGUCAGCCUCCCCAAACCGGCAUGAAAUUUUUAACAAGGCGCUGAGCCCCACCCCCCUUCUACACCACUGGUCCCCAGCACUUUGACCACAAAAAUUUUGGCUCGGGGUUCCACUGUGCAUAGUGUACAGCACAUGUACGAAUGAAACUUGUCUACCUCUCUUCACUGUAACGCAGGCAGCGCUCAUUCUAACUCUAUUAUAUGACAUAUCGCAAAAGAGGCGAAAAACUAAAGAAUGUAAAGGAACUUUUCGAUGAAAAGUUCCAUCCCAACACAAGUUAUGCUCAAAUUAUAUACUUGCAGAAGGAAAAAUAUAUCUUUCCAAGGGUAAAUCAAACCUUCGUUAACUAUGACCCAGGCCUUAGCCGACCUUACAGAUUGUAUGUCAAUCGUAAUGAUAGCGGUGUGUGGUUUUCUAUUGCAUAGAAUGAUGAGAUGGUGUGGAAGAAUCGUCCAAUACACAAAGAUUUGAUCGACGCUGCUGCAAAGGUUUGUCGAACUUCUUUUUUUUACAACUAAUAUAGAGUGGUAACACAAUUGCUAGUAAAUAUACUGACAAUGUGUUUGUACAUCAUAUAGAGCGUUAUGUAUCUUCGAGAACUACGCUUGGCUCAGAUGGAGCGUAUGAUGGAAGAAUUUAUACACGGAGUGGACAUCUAUCUGUCGUGUGUAAGAGAUGCUUCUGAUGAAGUUGUGAAAAAGAAGGUAAGGACUGCGCACUGUACAGUGUGCCACAUAUCAUUGCUACGGUGGGAGUUCUGACUGAGGGUAUGAAGGAUAUGUUGCUUUUUUCGGUUGAAUAAACCUAGCACACUGUUCAUCAUUACCAAACUUUACGAACUGUUGAAAAGUAAUGAUUGGUUAACAAGGAAGUGUAGUUCAGAAACUAAUUACUGUAAUUAGCCUUUCUCACGAUGACGAACAUCCGCCAUUUUUGGGUGGCAUGUAAUUCUCGUUAACCAAUGCAGACAAUUAAAACAAUGUGAAAAGCAAUUUUUCAAAAUAAACUAACCAUUUACAAAGCAAAUUUACCAUCAUUCGUCCAAAAAAUUAUAAAAAGUCGCUGUUAUGUGGACUUAUCUCGCAGACUUCAGCUGAAAUUCCACCCAAAAAUGGCGGCGUGAGAAAGGCUAAUUGAACACAACUGUUAUUUUUACUCUUCCUGAGCCUAAACGAACUCUGUUCUUGUUUUAAUAACUUUGAUGGGUCCUUACUGUCGUUCCAAUUGAAGUGUUGCUCAAAUAUUGAUUCAAUACAUUACCUCGGGCUGACCAAUUCAUUUCAUCAAGUUCCUCGAGAUAUUCAUACACUUCUAGUAUAAUUGUAAACUUCCUGUUGAAUAGUUUGAAUGCACCAAUCACCUUUGUUGUUUGUGCAACUAACCAAUCAUAAAUAGAAAGGAAGUGACCAGAAAUGAUCAAAUACUUGGAAUUGGCUCUUUCACAGGAAGUGUAUGAAUAUCUCGAGGAACUUGAUGAAAUGAAUUGGUCAGCCCGAGGUAAUGUAUUGAAUCAAUUUUUUAGCAAACUUCAAUUGGAACGACAGUAAAAUAACACCAUUGUCCCAGUAUUCUCACGCCUUUUAGUCACAAAUUGGCUUGGCUUUUUUAGCAUUUAUGCCAAGGUUAUUGAUUAGUAAAUGAUUGAUUGAUAGUGUUUGAUUGAUUGGUGUAUCAUAUUGGAUUUUUAACAUUAUUGUCAUUGGAAUAUUUGUUGCUUUCUUGCUUGUACUGUAUACUGUUCGAUUGAAUUUAUUUAUUAUCAUGUCAAUGCAUUCGAUUAAUUAACCGUUUUUUCUACAACAGUAUUCAUCAACUGCUUUGCCCGAGAUGUUCUAUGCACUUCCAUCUCGUAAGCGACCACGACACAGACAACGCGAUUAUGAGUUAGAUAACAAUGAGAACGAGGAACAACGUCAAGCGUGGGAAGAAGGACAUAACUUCAUGGUUGAAUACGAACAACGUGGUAUGCGUGUUCGUGAACAUAAAUAUCCACCCUUUCCCGCGAUACCAGAACGGAGUUCACCAAUUCCUGUACAUAACGAGCAGAGUACGGACGAAGGUCUGUCUAACGAUCUAACAAAAGCAGUUGAUAAACUAGAUAUCUUUGAGCAAGUCCCGAAAAAACAAGCAGAACAAAGAAAUUCUACGCAAAACAUGCACAGGUUUUCAUCUGGCCGUGGGAGUCUCUGGCCUGGCAAUUCAGGAAUAUUUUCUCAGGAUGAUUUUCCACAAUUAAGCUCAGAUUCGGAUAGUAGUGGCCAGUCUCCGCGUGCUUCAUCAGGCAUGCAAAAGGUGUGGUCAUCACAUGAUCCAAGAUUUGGGCGUGGACGUGCAGCGUCACUCAUUCGGAAUGCACAAUUACCAGGUGUACGUCGACCAAAUGAAGAACCUUAUGAACCAUCAUCGCAUGGUGGUACAUCUCAACAGGGCGUAUCAUCGUAUAGUGGUAUUAAUCGGAAUCGCACUUAUAAAAUUGGUAUAGGUCAACAUGAUCGAUUACAAUUUCCUCCUGACGAGGAACUCCUAAAUUCUUCAGAAAUAGUUUCAGUACCUGGAUUGAACGCGGUACCAAGUGGACCACGUGUUCGCAUUAGCCAUCAGUAAUCAGGGAAACAGAAGGUGGUUGCCCAAAUUUUAUUUUAUAAAUUAUAACUAAUUGUGUUUAGGAAAACUGUUGGAAUUCAAAAGUUUAAAUUUAAUAUACAAAGUUUAAUUAGAUGUGAAGUGAUGUGAUGCUUAGCGUGUUAAAUAUAGGCAUCCCAAUGCACAUGCUGUAAUCCUGGUAAUCACCUGUGCACAAACUGCAGUUAGUUGGAGAAGUUUUACGGCAGCAUUGGAGAUUCAAACACACAUGCAGCACUUCGUCGCAGUUGAUGGACUGCAAAAGAUGGAAUUAAGGAUUUUGGAUCGUUGUAAGACGAUCUAGUGCCCCAAGAGCCUGUAAGCGUAAUACUUGAUGUAAAAGAGAAGCCCCAAUGGGGAGUGAGCUGAAUAAUAAUGUAAUGUAAUGUAAUGUAAUGUAAGGUUUAAGUUUUUGAAGGACAACCUUAAUUGAAUUAGCUGUAUAACUUGACAGUACUUUUCAUUGAAAACUGCCCGAAGUAGAGAUAUUGCCGUACUUAAACGUAUUCCUGAACCCAGCGUGCCCAACAUUGAGUUGCUAUAGUGGACCUGUAUUUGUAUCGAAAUCAUGCAUGCUUAUCAGGAUCCUGGUUAGGAACGAUGAAAAGGUCACUUAUUCACUUGUGCUUGUAAUAUGCUCAUUCUGCAGAAUAGCAUGUACGCUUGUUUAUAAUAGUUGUUUAGUUGAGUUAAAUUUGAACAAAAUACUCGUACUUGUAAAACAAUUCGCAUUUGUUUUCAAUUUUCUUACCGAGGAUUAGUGAGGAAUAUAUUAGAGUAGUUCCUAGUGGAGGUGUGUAAGACUGCAUGCUCACUGUACAGUCCAAUAUAUUAGGCCUUUCAACACUGAUAGUCCGUUUUCGUUUGAAAACAAAUACUUUUGUAUGCGUUUUCGCUGAUCUUUC